AUGGUCACUAGAACCUUCCCUAUGCAGGACACAGGCAGUGGAAACCUAACCACCAUCUCCCACAUCCUGCUCCUGGGAUUUGGGGACCUCAAGGAACUGAGGCUGCUGCUCUUUACUGGCUUCCUAGCUGUCUAUAUCAUAUCCAUGGCUGCCAACCUCCUCCUGGUGGUGCUGGACCCCCAUCUCCAGACCCCUAUGUAUUUCUUCCUCUCCAGCCUCUCCUGCCUGCAGAUGGUCUCCACCUCCAACAUCUCCCCUGUGAUGCUCACUGGUCUCCAGACAGGCAAUGUGAUGAUAUCUCUGGGUGGCUGCCUUGCGCAGCUCUAUCUCUUUGGCGCCCUGGCCACCGUGGAGUGCUUCCUGCUGGCAGCUAUAUCUUAUGACUGGUAUUUGGCUUCGCUUCUUACGUUUGUAUCAGCUGGGCUGGGCUGGGCUGUGCUGAGGGUCCCCUCCGCCUCGGGGAGGCGCAAAGCCUUCUCCACCUGCUCCUCCCACCUCACUGUGGUGACGCUGUUCUAUGGAAUGCUGGUGGCCGUGUACAUGUUCCCCAGGGACGGCACGGGGCUGAAGUCCAGCAAGGCGCUCUCCUUGCUCUACACAGUGCUCACCUCACUCCUCAAUCCCCUUGUCUACAGCCUGAGGAACCAGGAGGUGAGCAAGGCCUGUGGGAGAGUUGCCAGGAUAGUCUAA